AUUCAACGCUUUAUCUUCCGCUGACUUUCACAUGUCAAAGGCAGACGUGUUCACAUACCCCCUCGCCUCCUCCUCCUCCUCUUCCUCCUCUUCCUCCCCCGCUUUCUUCCCCUCGAGCCCCGCCACGGGCACCAGCAGCACACCUGGAGCCCGGAGCGGCCGCAGCAGGUAAAGGUGAGGAGGUCGGUGUGGACUACGGCGUGUGGAGAGGACGCAGCGUGAGCGGAGGAGGUGGUGUCGGUGCUGGUGGAGGCUCUCCGGCUGUGUAAGGGUCAUUUUCUCACUGUCUGGUUUCACAGAGAUAAACAGGCAGCAUGGGUGAGGCACCGGUCACAGAGGAUGGCUCAGUGACUCGAUCAGCAGAGUAUGUGGGGUCAUUUCCUGUGGACGACCGCUGUUUGGAUGACCAGAUAGAGCAGCUACACUCUGAGCUGAAGUCCCUCAGAGCAUGCAAAAGAAGGAGGUCCGUGUCUCUAAAAUUCUCCAUCAAAGGAGUGAAAAUGUACAAUGAGGAUGAAACGACGCUCCUGAUGGCUCACGCUCUGCGGAGAGUCUCUCUGUCCACAGCCCGACCCGUCGAUGCCCAGUUCGCCUUCGUCUCCCACAACCCAGGCAGCACUGACGCUCAGCUGUACUGCCACGUCUUUAAAGCAAGGCAUGCCAGAGCGGCGCAGUUCCUGAACCUGCUGCUUUGCCGCUGUUUUCAGCUGUAUUACUUGGAGAAGCACCCAGACGAGACGCAGGAAGACUCUGCUGGCUCAAUGCCUCGUCGCAACCCCUCCCUACUUAACCACGGCUUCCCUCUCAGUGUUAGCGCCCUGGUGUCUUUCAGAAGAGCCCCAUUUCGAGGGUUGUUGCCAGGGACUAAGAAGAGUAAAAAGUCUUCUGAUGACCCGCAGAGCAGCCAAGAUGAAGUCUUCCCCACCUCCUCCCCCUCCCUGGUUCGCAAGAAAGCCAUCCGCAAUAAAGUGCUGCGCUCUGGGGCGUACCGCUCCUUCACUUUCACACCACUCAAACAGCGUAACGUUCAGGAGCGACUGAAUGCGUCACAAGGAAAGGACCAAGACAAGAAGCAAAAGAAGAGAUCCCGUACUCCCAGUUUGGCCGAAACAGAAGAAGCACUGGCUCAAGCAGUGUGGUGUUGGGCUGGUGUCGCAACUGACAGCAGCUACUCCCUGCUUGCAGACGAUGUUCUGGGAUCGUAUCUUCUGUGCCCACAUCCUAAAAAACCCAAAUGUGGCUCUCUCAUUGUUCGCUUCCCCUCAGGCCUGGUCACCCACCUCAUAGAAAACACCCGUAAAGGGAAAUUCCUGCUGGAGAAAUGCAAGACAGAGUUCAGCUCCAUCGCAGAGCUGAUUGAAUUCUACACAGAAAUCCAGGGUGAGCUGCCAUGUCUGCUGAGCUGUGCCCGCGUAAACCACUGUUACGAGUGGGAGGAAAAUACUGGCAAACAGGAGGCUGUGAAACCACACAAGAGCCUGAGCAAAGCCAAACUUAAAAGUACCCACAGACAGAACUGGGUUUAACCCUGGAGACUGGAACUUGUGGAUUGCCAACCUCAGAAUAAGUGACGCCUUUUCUUACUUUGCACAUAUGUAUAUUAACUUUAAAUCACUUUGGUGUUUUUGGGAGGAUCCACAAACUGUAACACACUGCACCUAAUAACAGUGUUGUCACUUAAUGUAUAUAGUAGACAAGCCAUUUCAUCAAAGGGUACUUUUUUGGUUUAUAUUUUAAAGGUGUAAUAUUUUGUACUUGCUGCUUUCUGGUUUUCAAUAUAAUAUUUUUAUUUGUGCCUUUAAGGCAUCAGAGUUUAUAUGCGUUUUUAAGACAUGAAACAAAUUGAAACUGUGGAGUGGAAUAUACCGCACACAGAGUCGGCAAAGCCAUACUUUUUUUUCUUGCAUUGCAAAGAUGCUGCACAAAUAUAUUUGAUCAAAUUUUAUUGAAUUUUAAUCCUGCUUACAUGUUAGUCUUUAUGUGUUUCGACAUUAGACCGAUGAUGUGUGCUGAUAUAAAAACAUGACACCAAUAUUUUCUUUUUCUUGACACCUCAGUGUAUUAGUGCACUUAUCAUGGCCACUGAAAGGGGACAUGUUCAUGUUUUCUGUGUUUUAAAGUUUGUAUGCAGUCAAAGUUAACUGGUGAUUUUAACUGCUAAUGUUUGUAAGCAGUUUAAUAUACUUUGCACACUGAUUUUUAACAGUGGUUUAAAGCUAGGUCUUCGUCAUAUGUUUGUGAGGUUGUUUCCUGGUUCAAGAGGCUGUAUACAAUGUAAGUAACUAAUUUGUGUACCUUCCAUGUACCAUCUUUUCAACAUUAGGCCAACAGACAAUUUUCAUAUUGCUCACUUCUGUUUGAGAUUAAACAACAGGUGUUCUCUAUUUUCAACCCAGAAAAAAAUGUUUUCCGUCAUUUCUGACUCUGCAUGGCACAACCACACCUGCAGCUUUGGUAUUGGAAAAAGAUGCUACCGGCUGCUGUGAAUUAAUAGGCAACUUAUACUGUACACAGCUUCUAAAUCUCAGGGCAGAAUUUCACAUGGGAUUGCUUGAUGGGUGAAUAGGGUCACAGGGGAUUUCUACACUGAUACUUAGUGGCCAGUUUGUUGGUUACACCCAGCUUCAGCUUCAGCUCAGUUUUUGUUUAGUGUUUUCAAGAGGUGUUGAUUUACCUUUAUGAUUUUUAUGGAGGCCUCAGUUUGUGGUGCUGUUGAAUUUGUAUUGCUACAUUGUUUGUCUUUUUUUCCCACUUUUAAGUCAAUAAUACACUGGAUAACACCUCUUUGUAUAAUGCAAUACUGUUAAACAGAACCAAAAACUAUAUCCUCCAAAAUAAUCCUAAAGUUAAAUGAACACAUCUCUAAAACCGUUUCAAUAAAACCUGAACAUUAUGACGUUCAUUAAUGUAGAAAUUAUUGUAGGACUGUUGUUCUGAGACUUCAUUAGUUUUAGCUAAGUGUACCUAAUAAACUGGUAUCUGAGGGUAUUUGUUGAAUACAUUU